AUGGCGCUUUCAGCAGGUCCGGGGAUGCUGGUUCCUACAGCUUCAGCGCCAGUAGCGUCGCCAGCAGCACCCCAGCCAAUUCCGGCUCCAGACAACUUCCUUCUUCUUUUUCUUGCUAACCCCGAUCUGCAACUGCUCCCAGAGAACAAUUGCGCGCAAUCCCUUCAAUACUCGUCUGAUACCAGCAACUACUCUAACGCCGGUUCGCCUCCCCGCCAAGUGCCAAUCGAUCUUCCAGAUCCAAUCCUCGAGGGUGACGAGACGGAAAGCGAGGGUCCCAUUGAGCCAGUUACACCUACCAGCGGCCGCCAAUCGCAAGAUUUUACCUCGCUGAGGAAUGCGCAUGACCAGGAUCAGGACGACCGCAGCAGUUUCAACACACAGUCAGACCAAGCUUUGCAUCAGCAGCACCCUGCCGGCGCUGUCACAUCUGCAGGCAAGGCCGCUAUCCUCUCUUCGUCUUCGCGCAAAACAGCACCAACCUCCAGACCAACCUCCAGGCCGACCUCCAGCAGCCUCCUCGCCCCUACAUCCGUACCGCCUGUCUCAGUUUCAAAGCCAGAUCUGACCCCCACGUCGAGCCGACCUUCUUUUCAAGAACUCCCCCCACCAGCGCAACGCUCGGGUCGACUUUCAACUACCAGUAUCAGAAGCACAAUGACGAAUUUCUUUCGCCGCCCCGGCGCGCAAGACGCCCCGGUCUUUGAAUUUGGAUCGCCUACGCCCUCGGAGUCUUCCUAUCUGCAACGACCCCCUACAGGCAGCGCUCGCCCAACUACUCGCUCAAGUCGCUUCUCAUUUACAAGACCGUCUAACACGACUACUCGGUCUAAUUCGCCUCCAUCUCCCGGGGCACCACCUCUCGAAAUGGUGCAGGCGGAUAAAGUGUCUCUUGAUGAGGCCGACCUCAAGAAGAAGAAUCGUGCAUCAACCGGACUUAGCCUGCGGGGGCGAGCCGUCAACUUUGUCGGCACAACCGUCGGCCGUACUACUGGGCGCCCUCCUAACAAAGCGUCGCGCCGAGCCAACAGUUUUGACGCUGGAAACCGUGGGCCGGUUCCUCAUCCGCACGCCAAGAUCAAUGCCGGAGACCAGACGUAUCCUCCCGAGAGACAGCCCUGGGCGAUGCCCCCCGAUGCCGGAACUGGCGCCAAGGCACGUCGCAUGAGUUUGAGCCUACCCGACGAUUUCAAUGUGGAUGUCGCGGUACUGCAGGAUGAGUUCGAGUACCAGAGCAAGCUUUUGGGCCGGCAUGGUAAGCAUCUUGGAAAGGGCGCCGCUUCCAAAGUCUCUCUCAUGGUGCGCAAGGGCUUCCCCACCGAAAUGUAUGCCGUCAAGGAGUUCCGAGGCAAGUCAGGCCGGGAGAGCAAGGAGGACUACGACAAGAAGAUCAAGUCGGAAUUCAGCAUCGGAAAAAGCCUGCACCAUCCCAACAUUGUCGAGACUAUCCGACUCUGCUCAGAUCACGGACGCUGGAACCACGUCAUGGAAUACUGCUCCGAGGGUGACCUGUUUAGCCUUGUGCAGAAGGGCCACCUGAAGGGUGAGGCUAAGCUUAAGGACCGCCUAUGCCUUUUCAAGCAGCUCAUCCAGGGCGUCAACUAUCUCCAUGCCAACGGCAUCGCCCAUCGUGACAUCAAGCUCGAGAACCUGCUCAUCACAAAGGACAGCAAGCUGAAAAUUACCGAUUUUGGCGUUUCUGAGGUCUUUUGCGGCACCCACCCAGGCCUUCGCGAAUCCGGCGGCCAAUGUGGUAAGAACAUGGGCGAGAUCCGGCUCUGCCGCCCGGGCAUUUGUGGCAGCGAGCCCUAUAUUGCGCCUGAAGUGCUGUUGAAGAAUGCAGACUACGACCCGCGAGCCUUGGACGUGUGGAGCGCGGCCAUUGUUAUGAUCUACAUGACUUUUGGCGGUGCCAUUUGGUCCAGGGCUGAAGCCGGCAACCUGCACUACGACAAGCUAGUGACGGGCUGGAAUAAGUGGAACAAGAAGCACGAGGAAGAAAAAGACGCUGUCAUCACGGACACGGACUAUCCCAACUGCUACGCUCUCGAUGUCGGCGUUAACCCUCCGGCCCUGCGACGCAUUCUGCUGCAGAUGCUCAACCCUAAUCCCAACAGCCGUAUCAGCGUCUACGAGGUCAUCACCAAUCGAUGGGUCAAGAAUAUCGAGUGCUGCCAACUCGAGUCGUACGAUGAUCCCAAGGUUGUGAUCGAUGUGACCAAGAAGGAUUACGGCGGCAAGGGCGGGAGCAAGAUCUUCUGUCAUAACCAUCUUCCACCAAAGUCUCACGGCUCUCACUCGUUGGGCAAGAUGCCUGGCCAACCUGGCUACUAA